AUGGCCACCUCAACCCGCUCCUCCAAGCGCCAGAAAACCGGCGCUGACACAGCAGCUGAGACAGACGACUCGAUGGCCUACAAAUUGAUCUACUGGCCCGGCAUUCCAGGCAGAGGUGAACACAUCCGCCUCGCUUUUGAAGCUACAGGCACCCCCUACGUCGACGUAUCCAAUAAGACCGACGCCGGCGUCAACGCAGUUAUGGCUCAGAUCAGCGAGAAAAAUAUCGGGGAUGACAACAACCCGCCACCACUCGCUCCGCCGAUUCUUCAACAUGGAGAUACCCUCCUGUCCCAGACACCCAAUAUUCUCGCCUACCUGGGUCCGAAGCUCGGUCUGGUUCCUGACGUCGCCGAGGAUAGCGCCGGAAUGUACCACGUCAAUGCACUUGCAUUGACGGCACUUGAUGGGCUCUCCAAUGAACCCCAUGAUGUUCAUCAUCCCAUUGCCAGCGGAGCUUACUACGAAGAACAAAAAGAAGAGGCCCUCAAGAAAGCCGCUGAUUACCGCGCCGUUCGUCUGCCCAAGUUUCUGGGCUACUUUGAACGGGUGCUCUCGGGGCCCGCCUCGGGUGGAGGUGAAUGGCUGUACGGCGGGAAGAUGACUUAUGCGGACUUGGUGCUCUUUCAGACGUUGGAUGGAGUGACUUAUGCGUUCCCUAAGUGCGUGGACAAGCUGAGGAGCAGGGGUAAGUAUGAGAAGGUAUUUGCGCACUAUGAGAGGGUCAAGGCAUUGGACAAGAUUCAGAGUUAUUUGGCGAGUGACAGGAGGCUGAAGUACAGUAUGGGGAUUUACAGGCAUUAUCCAGAAUUGGAUGACGAGUAA